GAACAUUUUCAUUUGAUGUAGAUGGCGCUUAAAUCGUCUUCAUGUCAAACUUAAUGUCAAAAAUCUCAAUUUGUUUUCUUAUAUUUAAUUUAAUUUAUUUAAUUAAUAAUGAGUGGCCAAGAGAUAAAAUCUUCACUUCGAAAAAUGGAUUUUCCACAAUGUACUCAAGAAGCACUCAAUAAAAUAGGUCAGUUAAUAUGCGGAAAAGUGCCAAGUUUAAAACAAAUGGAUUUAGCAUUAGAUUUAAUAUCGGAAUUCGUGUUUUGCGAAGUAGAUAAAAGAGGGAAUAAAAUAGCCCCAUUAAAUCCAUUAAAAGAGCUUCAAUUAAUCGAAGUACUUUUUGAUUAUUUCAAUGGAAUACAAACGGAAUCACAUCGAAAUACGGUUUUUCUAUCAAUUUUUAGUGGAACUACGUUUGCAUUAAGAUCUGUAAUUUUGAGUAGAUUAAUUUCUAUAGCUAUAGGAAUGCCUUCUGAACCAGUUUUGGUUUCGGCGAGUGCUUGGAUGCAACAAUUAGGAAAUACUUCCAUUAAUUGUAAUAAAUUAGCAGAGUCAGUAAUUAGGGAUUAUUUUGUUUUAGUUCCAAAUGGUGCGCAAAGAUUAAAUUUAUUAUCAAAUUGCGCCCCGCAGUUUGUUGCAAACUUUUUAACAGCAGUUUCUGAGAUUUAUUUCACUGAUAUAAAAGGUACGAUUAAUUUCCCUCCUGAAAGUUUAUUAAAUGCUGUCACUAAUUGGAUUGAGGGGAAUUAUAAACUGUGUAUAGCAGCUCAACAAAAUCCAUCAGUUUUACCCCCGGGUGCAAUUGCAAUGGAAACAACAACCCCGAUAGCUGGUUUAUUAAAAUGGUGUAUUUUAGCACCGAUUUUUAAUCAAAAUUCUAACCUUUAUUCUCGAUUACAUCUAGCUUUAUUAAACAGUUUAUUAGAAAUUCCAAUUGUUAGUCCACCACGAGCUGUUUCAGCUAAACACUUAACCACUUCUGUGGGAUAUUUGUGUAGAUUUACAAUGGAUAUUAAAACAAGGCGGAAAAAAGAUGAUACCGAUACGAUAAUUUUUGAUUUAAACGAAAUGUUAAUUUUAGCUUUGGAUAGAUAUGCUCAAGCUGUACAAGUUGCUUUAUCUGUUAAGUGUGUUUAUGGGAAUAUUGGGGAUUUAAUUAGUCAAUUGUGUCAAUUACCCCAACAUAAAAUUUUAAGUAUUGUUAUUUGUAGCCAUCAGGUUAAUAAGUGACAUUAAAGAAAUGAUUAUUGAUUUCUUUUUUGUAAAUAUGUGUUAAGUUUAGUAUUUUUUGUAAAGAUUUUUUAAUAAAAAACGUUCUAUGUGUGUCAAAAAUCGUGUUUAAUAAUAAGUAGUUAUUGUAUAUUGUAUCAUAUACAAAGAGUAUAAAUUAAACACAACCUCAUUGUUAAGUAAAACACUGUCAUCCAGGAUUUCGCAAUCAAGGGGGCACGUCAAAGCACAUGAAUCGCCCAAUUAUUAAGGAAAAGCUAUACCUAAUUUUACAAAAGGUGAAAAAAAAAGAUCUAAGAAAUUGAUAGCUGCUGAUUACAGAGCUUAUAUGAGUUCUAUUCAAGCAGAUGUGUUGGGGAAACUAAGGAAGAUAUGGUCGUUUGUUCAUAUCAAAAAGGGUUCCUCAUCCAGCAUGCCAGCCUCAAUGACUUUCUUUGAUGGAACCAUAGUUGACUCGUGUCCUGCGAUCUGUUGUGCUUUCUCGGAUUACUUCUCUUCUAUUUUUGUAGAUGGGACAAUCGACAGCUCAGUGGUUGCCCAUGGCUACGGAUUUUUGCCGUGGUUUUCCGCUAAUGCAAUUCAUAAUGUUCUGUUGCAUUUUGACCGGUCUUCUAGCUCUAGUCCAGAUGGUAUUCCAACUUUAUUCUUAAAAGAGCCACUGUUUCCAAUUAUCGUCCUAUUUCUAUCCAUUCAGCUACCCCAAGGACUUUGAAAAAAUUAUCCACGAUUAUCUUAGUCCCUCUAUUUCUCACUCUAUAAACAAUGAACAACAUGUUUUCCAGUCUAGGCGGUCGGUGGAGUUUAAUCUGUUGUCUUACUUUAUUCAUUCUGCUUUAAACAAGAAUACUCAGAUUGACGCAAUCUACACCGACUACUCCAAAGUCUUCGACAAAAUCGAUCAUACUAUUCUUGUACAGAAACUGUUUUCCUUUGAUGUUUCAGAUGGUCUUGUUCACUGGAUUAUGUCCUAUUUAUCUAACAGAAGUCAGGCGGUCAGGAUUGGUAGCUUGGUAUCUGGUUACAAACCAAUCACAUCCGGUGUGUCUCAGGGCAGUCAUCUUGGACCCUUA